AUGCUCACGAGACUUCAUGAGGUGGACGGCACCCGGUUUUUCGCCGUGCCCGCCGUGCUCACGCUCCUCCAGCUGCUGAACGAGUACGUCCGGCUCUGCCGGGCCUUCGAGUCCAUGGCGGCGGAGAUCGUCCAGCGCAUGUGCACGCUGCUCAGGCUCUUCAACCAGAUGACCUUCGAGGCCGUCCUGAAGGGAAGGGCGGUCACGAGGCAGACCUUGCGCAAGAUCACCGCCUCGAACAUCGCGUUGUGCAGCCAGUGCUGCGGCCUGGUGGCGCAGGUGCUGCCGGGCCUGCAGGCGCACCUGCUGGCCGUGACGGAGAAGUCCCAAGGGGGCACGCUGCGCCACGCGGUCGCCCUGCUCGUGGGCGACCUGACGAAGGUUGCCACGGAGUACACCGACCACCGCACGGCCCUGUUCGCCAAGCUUGGCGACCUGCUGCGCGAGCGGUACGAGGUUCACUCCAAGAAGUGGUUCGCCGCGCCGCACCCGGAGGCCACGGCCGAGGACGAGAAGGACGCAUUUGGCCUGAAGCCGCACGAAGCGCUGGAGGGCCUCGUGAAGGACAUCACUAGCAUGUACAGGGUGUUAUUGAAAAACCUCACAGCAGACACCGUGCGCAAGAUCUUCACCAAGGAGAGCGACGGCGAGCAAUGGGAGACCGACGACGAGUUCGACCACCCGCGCGGGCUCGGGCGAGCGGAAGCCGGAGGCGGCUGCGCACCCAAGAACCCACCCGAGAACGGGCAGGACUCCACCUGGGCGGGCGCUGGCGGCGCCCGGCCGCCCGCUCGCGAGCGGCCGCCGUCUCGGCCCGAAGGCGUCCGCCCCCACGGCGUCGCCAGGGCAGCGCCGCCCUGCUCGCCGAGCAGUCCGCCCGGCGUGCCGCCGCGCCCCGCCGCGGGGGCGGCGCUCGCUGGGCGGCCCCCAGGCGACUGGGCCCGGCAGGCGCAGCCCGCCCACGCUCGGCUGGGCGUGGCCGCGCCCGGCGGGGGCCGCGCGGCCCUGCAGGUGGGGCGGCCGGCCGGCGCAGGGCUGGCGGGGGCCGCCCGCGGCUCGCUCGCGGCCGCCAGCAAGGCGCUGGAGGGGCAGCGGGCCAGGCUCUCGGAGCAGGAGCAGCUGCUGGCAGAGCUCCAGCGGCAGGCUCAUGAGAUCAGGCAGAGCAUUCUCCAGCAGAAGGCCGACCUGGUGGAGCUGGAGCUUCAGCAGGGUGAGCUCGUGGGCAAAGUGCUGGUGCCGAUCGACAGGGCAGCGCCCGCAGCCCCUAGCGCUCCAGGCAGCACUACGCUCAUGGUCCGCAACAUUCCGAUGGACAUGACGCAGAGGCGUUUGCUUGACCUCAUCGACAGGUCUGGCUUCGCGAACCGCUAUGACUUCGCCUACUUACCAACCGAUUUCGACGCGGGGACCUCGAAAGGGCACGCGUUUGUCAAUUUCGUCACCCCCAGUGACGCCAGGGAGUUUUCAGAAAUGUGGAACGGGGCGCGGCUGACUGGGGCUGGACCCGUCGCGGCUGUUCUCGAGGUCGGAGCGUCACGGCUGCAGGGCUACAAGGAGAACGCCAAGAGGUGGAGCGGGCGUCGGCUGCGCCGCACGAGGAACCAUGAGCUCCACCCGUUCAUCGCCCAGAGGCUGGUUGCCGGGUGAAUGUUCGGUUGCACAAAUUCCUUGUUGUAGGCGGUUCUUGAGGGGCGGGGGUCAAGGGCGCCGACAGGGAGAGGGUCAAGAGCUCACCUCCACCUGCAUCGCUCGUCUACGGGAUGGGUGUCCAGACUAUCUCGAGGAGAUCAAUGGUACAGAUUGGGGUCGAUGUCAAGCGGUGAUCCUUUCCCUCCCUCCUGCCCGGUGCUUUUGCUGUGCUCAAAACGCUCGUUGCUGCAAGGACUUCGGACAGUCGCAUUCAUAAGCAUUCCCCGUGUCUCCUUGGCUGCCCGAACUGCGCUGAGAGAUUCUGGCACUCCUGGAGGUGCCACAGGUUAAUUACAAUGUUUCCUUUGACGUAGUUGGUCCCUUCUCGAUUCCCAUCCUCUCGCCUGCUGCUGCGUGCUCACCCCCUCCCAUGCCUCGUUCGCCAACCCUGUCACCGCCUGCUUCCCUCGAGACGCUCUCCGUCCUCUCGCCUCUGCUGCUCAGCCGAUCCUUCGCCGGAGACGAGCCCCCGGCGUGGUCAGAGCUGUCAGGUGUCCCGUUUGGUGGCCCACGUGCGGCGGCUCUUGUGGCGGAAGAGCCGAGGUGCGCGCCCCUGGCUGCGCCCGAGGAG